AUGGCAUCGGAUGUUUCCUCCCUGGCUGCAGCCGUGGGCUCGGGGAAUCCUGGAGCGGGGCCGCCGGCCGGAGGAGCCGUCGUGCAGAGAGUCAACAAGCGGCGCCCGGGGCUUGAUUUUGAUGACGACGGAGAAGGGAACAGCAAAUUCCUCAGGUGCGACGAUGACCAGAUGCCGAACGAUAAAGAGCGCUUUGCCAGGUCUGAUGAUGAGCAGAGUUCAGCGGAUAAGGAGAGACUUGCCAGGUAGGAGACUGGAGAUUCCAAGCAUGGACAAGCAGAGUCUUUCCGGCGGAACAAGAUGACCGCGUACAUCACGGAGCUCUCCGACAUGGUGCCCACGUGCAGUGCCCUGGCGCGCAAGCCCGACAAGCUCACCAUCCUGCGCAUGGCCGUGUCCCACAUGAAGUCGCUGCGGGGCACGGGCAACACCUCCACCGACGGCACCUACAAACCCUCCUUUCUCACUGACCAGGAGCUCAAGCACCUGAUCCUAGAGGCAGCCGACGGCUUUCUCUUCAUCGUGUCCUGUGAGACCGGGCGGGUGGUUUAUGUCUCCGAUUCCGUGACGCCCGUCCUGAACCAGCCCCAGUCCGAGUGGUUCGGCAGCACCCUGUACGACCAGGUGCACCCGGACGACGUGGGCAAGCUGAGGGAGCAGCUCUCCACGUCGGAGAACGCGCUCACCGGUCGCAUCUUAGAUUUAAAGACAGGGACAGUUAAGAAGGAAGGGCAGCAGUCCAUGAGGAUGUGUAUGGGGUCACGAAGAUCUUUCAUCUGCCGAAUGAGGUGUGGCAACAGCUCCGUGGACCCGGUCUCUGUGAAUCGUCUCAGCUUCAUGCGCAAUCGCUGCAGGAAUGGCUUAGGUGCAGCAAAAGAUGGGGAGCCUCACUACGUGGUGGUGCACUGCACAGGCUACAUCAAGGCCUGGCCUCCCGCAGGUGUUUCGCUGCCUGAUGAUGACCCGGACGCUGGCCAGGGCAGCAAGUUCUGCCUCGUGGCUAUCGGCAGACUCCAGGUCACCAGCUCGCCCAACUGCACGGACAUGAACAACGUGUGCCAGCCCACGGAGUUCAUCUCCCGGCACAACACCGAGGGCGUCUUCACCUUCAUCGACCACCGCUGCGUGGCCACCGUGGGCUACCAGCCGCAGGAGCUUCUGGGGAAGGACAUUGUGGAUUUCUGCCACCCGGAAGACCAGCAGCUUUUGCGGGACAGCUUUCAGCAGGUGGUGAAGUUAAAAGGCCAGGUUCUGUCAGUCAUGUUCCGAUUCCGAUCCAAAAACCGGGAAUGGCUCUGGAUGAGAACCAGCUCCUUUACCUUCCAGAACCCCUACUCGGAUGAAAUUGAGUACAUCAUCUGUACCAACACCAACGUCAAGAAUUCCAGCCAGGAAUCUCGGCCCGCUCUGUCCAACUCCAUGCAGAGGCCCCAGCUGGGGCAGAGCCUUCCCCUGGAGAUGGGCACGGCGCAGCUGCCCGCGAGGCAGCAGCAGCCGCCACAACAGACAGAGCUGGAAGUGGUCCCGGGAAGAGAGAGCCUGUCCGGGUACGAGCACUCGCAGCCGGCGCCGCCGCCGGCCCCGUUCCAGGCGCGCGCGGCCGACGCCGUGGGGAUGUGGCCGCAGUGGCAAGGACAGCACCACGGCCCGGCCUCGGCGGAGCAGCACGUGCAGCAGCCGCAGCCCAGCCAGCCUGAGGUCUUCUCAGACAUGCUGACCAUGCUGGGAGACCAGGGGCCCAACUACAACAACGAAGAGUUCCCCGAGCUAAACAUAUUCCCUUCCUUUUCAGAAUAA